AUGGAUUUCCUUGCGCUGAAACAAGGGAAUUCGACCAUCACUGAGUAUGCUGCUAAGUUCGUAGAGCUUGUGAAGUUCUAUCUAGACUAUGGUGCAAAGACGACUGAGUUUUCAAAGUGUAUCAAGUUUGAGAAUGGGUUGUGUCUGGAAGUCAAACGGGUGAUUGGAUAUCAGCAGAUCUGUAGGUUCGUGGAAUUGGUGAAAAAAUGUCAAAUUUAUGAAGAAGACAAUAUUACUCAUUCAGCUCACUACAAGAGUCUGAACGAGAAGAGAGGAAAACUGCAUCAUAAUCAUAAGAAGCCUUAUGAUGCUCCUGCUGACAAAAGGAAGCAGAAAGUUGCUGAAGGGAAGAAGACAAGUGGGGGAGGGGAUCCUGCUACCGUCAUAUGUUAUAGGUGUGGUGGACAAGGUCACCGUUCCAAUGAGUGUGAGAACAAGGUGCUGAGAUGUUACAGAUAUUCCAAGAAGCACAACUUGAUUCGAGGUGCUUGUUUUAUUAACAAUGCCGAAUUGGUUGCUAUUAUUGAUACUGCUGCUACUCAUUCAUUUAUUUUACUUGAUUGUGCUACUAUGUUGGGAUUAAAAUUGUCUUCUAUGGAAGGUAGUAUGGUAAUGGAUACUCCUGCCAGUGGUUUUGUUACUAAUACUUUUGUUUGUAAGGGAUGUCCUUUGACUAUCUUUGAUAAGAGUUUUGUGAUGGAUUUUGUGUGUAUACCCUUGCACCAGAUCGAUGUGAUUUUUGGUAUGAACUGGUUAGAGUUCAACUAUGUUCAUAUAAAUUGUUAUAAUAAGACGUUGAGGUUCCCUAAGUUUUGUGAUAAUGGAGAGUUGUUGUUGUUGAUGCUAAGCAAGUAA